AUGAAAAUAUUUCGUGUACAACUGUGCCUCGUUCGAAUCGCCAUCAUCAACAGCAGCCAGCAGCUCUAUUUGGAACGUCUGGUUCUGUAUCUGCUCCACCAACUCCUCGAAGUCGGCAAGAGGGUUCCCGGCGUCCUGCUCGUCGUCCGGUUUCAUAUACCCCAAAGACUAGCGGAAGCCCAUGCUAUGCUGGUUCGAAAUUCAGUGAUUCACCGACAGCUCGCUCCAUCCCUCUACCACCAACGGAAUGGAUUUGUGAAGCAUACACUGCGAAUUCGGACACUAGCUCGAUGA